AUGUAUAAUAAUAUGUAUCCUUAUCCCGGUUAUUCUAAUAGUAUUCCGGGCAAUUCACCAAAUAACACUCCAACAACACAACAACAAACAAAUAAUAGACAACAACAACAACAACAAUAUUUACAAAAUCCAACAGCGAAUCCAAAUGCUUUUUAUACUAGAGGUAGUGGUUCAAAUGCUAAUACAUCAACUGCACGUAGUCCUGUUCCUCAUUUAAAUCAUGGUGGCAUUCCUCCUCGUCCAAGUAUGAAUAUUCAUUCUCAAUUAACUGGUUUACCACCUCAUGUACAUCAUUUACAACAAUCUCAAUCUCAGCAACAAGCUAAUUUAUAUCAAAACUAUCAAAAUACUCAUCAACAACCAAUUCAACAAAAUCAUAAUCAACAACCACAUUCUCAAUCUUCAACUCCACAAAUUUUUAAUGCUCAAUUACAUCAAGAUCAUCCACAACAAUUGGAUCCAAAACAAUUACAAAAAUUUACACAUCUGAAUAGUCAACCUCAACAAUAUUAUUAUCAACAACAUAUUCAACAACCUCAAUUUUCACUGCAAACACAACCACAAAAUUUGCAACAACAACAACAACAGCAACCACAAUCCGAUAAUAAUAGCAAUAAAAGUGAAUUGACUUCACCUGAAACAAAAGCAAAAAAACCAAGAAAACCAAGGGCUACUAAAAAGGAGAUGGAAGAAAAACGAAGAUUAGAUGAAGAAAAUAGAAAAAGAAAGGAACAUGACGCUCAAACACAAGUUCAUCAACAACAACAAGCUGAUUUAUUGCAGCAACAACAACAACAACAACAACAGCAACAGCAACAAGCUGCUGCUGCCGCGGCCACCCAACAAGAUGGUAAGAAAAGAAGAGGUCGUCCAAAAAAAUUCAUUUUAGAUCCGUCAACUAAUACCAUGAUUGAUUCAACACAUCCAAAUUUUAAACAUUUAAAUAAAGUUUUAAGAGAAGGAGCUGAUGGUGAUUCUCAUAGUGAACAAAAUCAAAAUAAUCCUGAAUUAAGCAAACUUUUUAAUCAAACAUCAUUAAGAAACUUGGAUAAUGAGCAAUUGCAACAACUAUUAAAGAAGAAAGAUAGAAGAGGUAGACCUAGAAAAUUUGCUUAUGAAGAAACUGGUGUGACUAUUAAAGGUGUUAAAAUCAAUGGAGGUGGUAUUAAAAAGAAGUAG